AUGGCGACGUCUUAUAUACCAGCGGGUAGGGUGUUCAUGAAUGAGUUUUGUCGAAAGGCUGAUGAUGAUGUCAUUUACUGGAAGCGAAUGCAGCAACUCGCGGUCUUCCAAGAACCUGCGUCGGUUUCCUCAAUCGCCUUCAGCCCUAACAAACCCUACAAUGUCGCAUCAACAAGUUCAGUCAGGCUCUCACUAUACGAUACCGUCGUUUGUGAACCAAUCAAUAUGUUCAGCAGGUUCAAACGUGCGGUUUGUGGUGUAAAGUUUCGCCGUGAUGGAGAACUGCUAGCAGUAGGUGGAGAGGAAGGCAAAGCUCGGAUAUUUGAUCUGACCCAGUCUAGUGCACCAUUACGUAGCAUCAACGCUAGUCAGGCAACUAUUCAUUGUGUGGAAUUCUCACCUUGCGGUAGAAUGCUGUAUACGAUGGCUAGUGAUGGGAGAGUUAAACAUUGGGAUAUUUCCGAUACGGGAGCGGCAGCGGUAUGUGAUUACGCUGCCCAUCAAGACGAAAUUCGAACAAGUGCAGUAUCUACUUUGAAUCACAACUUAAUAUUAACAGGUGGAUAUGAUCAUAAGGUCAAAUUAUGGGACUCGCGCUGUCUAAGAGAUGGCCCAAGCGUGGAGAUGGAUGCAGGCUUCCCAGUAGAAAACGCCAUUUUUUUGAAUAGUGAGCAUCUUGUGGCGACAGCGGCCGGACCUUUAGUUAAAGUUUGGGAUGUGACUGUCGGUGGACGGUUACUUAUGCCGCUUCAGCAGCAUAACAAAAGUGUGACGUCUCUAUGCCUUGGUGCUGAUGGUGAUAUUCUUCUAACGGGUGGUCUUGACCGACAAGUCAACGUUAUUCGUGUUCUCGACUUUUCAUUGCUACAUUCGAUGCCCAUGGCAUCAUCUGUAUUGGCCCUGGCUAUGUCUCCUGAUGACCAAACUAUGGCUGUUGGGAUGGGACAUUUGCUUGCUAUACAUCGUCGGGCUCCAGAGUCGAAAGCUAUUGUUUCUGCUCAAACUGUCGACAAGCGCGCUAUGAUUCGCACUGCUGCACCAAAGGUGCAAAUGCAGGAGGCAGGAAAAUCAAAAGAAAGUGUGGAGAUCAAAGCGAAGUCCAGUGACAUGCAUCGACUGUCGAAGGUCGACACGUUACUAAGGGGAUAUCAGCACGCAGCGGCCAUCAGAAAAAUGUUCCAUUGUAAGCGCUUGCUUGUACUAAGUAGUUUGGCAAUAAUCUUGAUUUUUCUUAUUGCAGCGUAUUUUUUCCACAGCAGAAAGGAAGAAGUUGUUGCAUGGCUGUUAGUAAUUCUACGACGAGGAGCCAUACAUCGAGCGAUUGCUGGUCAAGAGAAUAACGUUCUAUGCAACAUGUUAAAGUGA